AUGGAAGUAAACAAAUGUGAAAUUGGAACUUGUGAUAAUAAUUCAGAAUACCUUCACAGAGGACUUAAGAUUAGGAUAUGUAAACAGCAUUUCCAACCCAGUGAAAAAGAUAAGUGAGUGAGACUUGGGCAGCUUAUUGAAAUUGAAGAUGCACUCAGAGUUGUUAAAACAUGUAUCAACAACUUUUGAACUGGUGUAGAAUUAGGAGACAACAUAGCAAGCAUCAAGAAAUGAAAGCAUUUUGUAGAACAAGUCAAUCAUAAAGUGGCUCAAGUAUCAAAAGAAAUAGAAUCUGCCAAAAGUAGUGACGAUUUACAAAGUCACGAUUGACUUGAAAAUGAAUUCAAAGAUAUUACUUCCGAACUGUACCACUGAGAAUUCUUCACACAUUUUUGUGUCAAGAACUACAUGACUUUGAUGUGUGACUAUCUGAAGAUCGAUAACAACAAAAUCUCCAGACUCAUAAGCACUGAUGAUGAGAUCAGAAAUUUCAAAGGGAAGUUAGAAGAGAAGGAGCAAGAGUUAAAAAAAUUGGAAGACAAGUACAGGCAGAUUUGAGAGCGUUUCAUCAAUCAUAUUGGAUUAGACACUAAAGCAAGCCUUGCUAAAGCUUAUAAGAUUAUCACAAAUUUAGAAUUGUUUCUAGAAAAUGAUGAAAAACUUAUUCUUGAUUGAAAUACUGAAGAAGAUACUGAGUUUAUGAAAGCUGUAGGAGACAAUAUCCUUCCAAAUUGUUCUGAAUUAACAAUUGAUAGCAUUACAAGUGAUGUAAAAUUAGGUACAAAUUUCAUAUGUUCAUCUUUUCCUCAAACAGUGCAAAGAUUCCAUUUAAAUCUAAAUGGAAAAAUGCUGGACUGUAAAGAAGCUAUUGAUAUGAUCCAUCAUGCUAGCCCUCAUGUAUCAAUAGAAUUUUGUAUUUAUGGAAUGAGAAUUAGCCAGUUUCAAAUGAAAAAUAUCCUGCAAUCAAUAUGCAGAAACCAAAGAAUAUUCGGGUUUGGAUAUUGCAAAUUUGAAUUGGAUUCGGUACCAAGUUUCCAAUAUUGUCUCAACGGCUCAAUUAUUGAAUCCUUGGAUAUAUGUCAUUGUGGCCGUCCUGAAUACAAUGACUGGAAGAAGCACCCAGAAAGAUUUACAAAUCUGAUUGAAGGAUUAAGCCAGAGCAAAGAUUUCAUGAAAAACUUAAAGAGGACUCAAUUGCUAAACUGAGGAUUGGAAAAACAGCAUGUAAGGUACGUACUCGACAAAUUCGAUUUCAAACACGUUGAAAUCACAGAACAUUCUAUCUAAUUUAUAUAUGAACUUUCAAUACUUUAUUCUUAACCCAGUAACUCCU